AUGGCGUUCGCGUGCGGGGUGAGCCGGCACUUCUUCGCGCGUUCGGAGCGCGUGAAGGCCGUGGCGCUGCACCCGCGGGAGCCGCUGGUGGCCUCCGCGCAGUACGACGGCCGGCUGAAGGUGCACAACUACUUCUCGCUGCAGCUGGUGGCCGCGCUGGACGUGUCGGCGCUGCCGCUGCGGGCCGCGGCCUUUCUGGCGCCGCGCGACUGGCUCUUGUGCGCCGGCGACGACUGCGCGCUGCGGGCCUUCUCGCUGCACUCGCAGCAGAAGGUGGCGGAGCUCCUCAACGCCCACAAGGACUACAUCCGCCACCUCGCUGUCCACGCCCACAAGCCCCUCGUCCUCUCCAGCAGCGACGACAUGACCAUAAAGCUGUGGGACGUGGAGGAUGGCUGGACGCGUCUUUGUUCAUUUGAAAGCCACGCCCAUUAUGUCAUGCAGUCUGUUUGGAGUCCCCGGGACCCGACGAUUUUCGCCUCUUGUUCUCUCGACAGGUCAAUCAAGGUGUGGGGCAUAGGGCCCAUAGGCUCGGGGGCCAAAACUGCAGCCAAUGGGCCCCCCGCUGUUGUCACCAGUGCCCACUUUUCUUUGCUGGGCCACGAGCGAGGAGUCAACACAAUUGCCUACUCGACGUGA